AUGACGUCUUCCCCCGUCAAGGCUUAUCUCGACCGUUCAGUCGCAAUGCUCAGGCGUAAUGCCGUCAAGGUGUUACAGAUGGACAUGUCCCCUAAUCCACCUCCACUUCCCAUCUUUUCAUUCUCAUCCGCAUCGAGCUCUACCUCUCUCACUCCUGUAUCCAGUUUCGCCCUUGGAUCAGAUAUAGAUAUCGGAGGGUUAUCCACCGCCUUCCUCACCCCUGUGACUGCCCCCAGCCUCUCUUCCUCAUCGGCAUCGAUCGCGACCGGCUUUUCACAUGACGAACAUCAUGCAAUCGGCAAGACACAAUCACAAUCACAUGUCGCAUUUCACGGCAACAUGUCACUUGUCGUCCCACAGGCGUAUCAGGGAAGGAUACGGACGGGUUAUGCCGCUUUCAGAAAUAAGACACGUCCUUCGUUAUUUGGAGAGGAGACAUGGGAUUUAAGCAUGUAUACUCAUCUGCGGUUAGUGGUAGGUUACAGAGGAUGGGAAGGAUGGAGAUCGAGAUGGGUGGUGAAUAUCCAAACGGAUGGACCGAUUCGAUCUGAUCUCUUCCAACAUCGUUUACGUCUGCCCCCGACUCCUACCCCUGCGUCCAUACCAUCGGAUCCCCUGGCUCCUCCCCCGCCGAUAUUCACAACCCUCCACCUACCUCUAGCAGAGUUCGUCUUAACAAACUCUGGCCAAACAUCCGCCACCCAAAUUCCCAUGCUUCGGGAAAGGGUCCGUACCAUCGGUUUCGGUCUCCUCGGUGGAGAUCGAGGUGGUGUUGCUCCUCCACCCCCACCGCCCGCCGCUGUGGCAGAGAAACUGAAGAGGUUAGGAGCCGGUGGGUGGGGUGAUGGACCUGUAGAGAUGGAUUCAGAGCUUGAAGAGCUUAUCUCGGCCGAUACCACCACUCCUUCUUCGAUGUUAUCUCAACAUGGGAAUGGUGGGGGUUAUCAUCGUGCAACUUCCCCCUUCAAUGAAAAAUCAGAAAUGGACGAGAUGGUGACUUCGGAGAGUGAAGGAUAUUUCGAAUUAUGUGUGCGGAGUGUUGAUGCGAUCAAGUAUGAUCCAGAGGAAGAGUGA